GCACGCGGGAAGGGCGGGUGCGCGCCGGGGGCAUGCGCCGUGUAGGGCGAGACGGCGGCUCGGCGGGGUCAUCUGGACGCAAGCGCAGUGCGGUGUUUGUCUGCCGGACUGACGGGCGGCCGGGCGGUGCGCGGCGGCGGCGGGGAAGAUGGCGGCGUCCUCCCUGGAGCAGAAGCUGUCCCGCCUGGAAGCAAAGCUGAAGCAGGAGAACCGCGAGGCCCGGCGGAGGAUCGACCUCAACCUGGAUAUCAGCCCCCAGCGGCCCAGGCCCCCCUGCCGCUCCCGCUGGCCAAUGAUGGGGGCAUCCGUUCGCCAUCUUCGGAGAGCUCCCCUCAGCACCCCACGCCCCCCGCCCGGCCCCGCCACAUGCUGGGGCUUCCGUCAACCCUGUUCACGCCCCGCAGCAUGGAGAGCAUCGAGAUUGACCAGAAGCUGCAGGAGAUCAUGAAGCAGACGGGCUACCUGACCAUCGGGGGCCAGCGCUACCAGGCGGAAAUCAACGACUUGGAGAACCUAGGCGAGAUGGGCAGCGGCACCUGCGGCCAGGUGUGGAAGAUGCGCUUCCGAAAGACGGGGCAUGUCAUCGCCGUCAAGCAAAUGCGGCGCUCGGGGAACAAGGAGGAGAACAAGCGCAUCCUCAUGGACCUGGACGUGGUGCUCAAGAGCCAUGACUGUCCCUACAUCGUGCAGUGCUUCGGGACCUUCAUCACCAACACGGACGUCUUCAUCGCCAUGGAGCUCAUGGGCACGUGUGCCGAGAAGCUCAAGAAGCGGAUGCAGGGCCCCAUUCCCGAGCGGAUUCUGGGCAAGAUGACGGUGGCGAUCGUGAAGGCGCUCUACUACCUGAAGGAAAAGCACGGCGUCAUCCACCGCGACGUCAAACCCUCCAACAUCCUGCUGGACGAGCGGGGCCAGAUCAAACUCUGCGACUUUGGCAUCAGCGGCCGCCUGGUCGACUCGAAGGCGAAAACGCGGAGCGCAGGCUGCGCCGCCUACAUGGCGCCUGAGCGCAUCGACCCCCCGGACCCCACCAAGCCCGACUACGACAUCCGGGCUGACGUGUGGAGCCUAGGCAUCUCCUUGGUGGAGCUGGCAACGGGACAGUUUCCCUAUAAGAACUGCAAGACAGACUUUGAGGUCCUCACCAAAGUCCUACAGGAAGAGCCCCCGCUCCUGCCUGGCCACAUGGGCUUCUCGGGGGACUUCCAGUCCUUCGUCAAAGACUGCCUUACUAAAGAUCACAGGAAGAGACCAAAGUAUAAUAAGCUACUUGAACACAGCUUCAUCAAGCGCUAUGAGACACUCGAGGUAGACGUGGCGUCCUGGUUCAAAGACGUCAUGGCGAAGACCGAGUCUCCGCGGACUAGUGGAGUCCUGAGCCAACACCAUCUGCCCUUCUUCAGGUAGCCGCGUGGCGGCGGCCAGCCCCACGGGCCCAGGGGCAUGGCCAUAGGUCCCCCUUCCCCACCCGGCCACCCAGCUGCCUGCCAGGGGAGACCUGGGACCUGGAUGGCCACCGAGGGCUGCAGACAGAAAGUAGGGGGUGCCUAUCACCCCCAACUCCCUGCCCACCAGCCGUGGACACACGGGCCCACCAGGCCCUAGCCCUUCCUGCCCCGGGGUCAGCCGGCCGCACAUGUCCCCCUGACAGACACUGUGAAUGGAAGACAGCAGGCCGCAAGUGGACUCGCUAUUUAUUCAGUCGUAACCUCUGGGCUGGAGCGGCCCCCAGGGGCUGGGAGAGAGCCCCCUGUCCUGCAUCCCCCACACGCCCAGCGUGCUGUCCCCUUGCCUGUCCCCACGCACAUGCUGUUCUUGUCUCCUUCUGUCUCCCCCUUCUACCUCUCUGUCCCAAUCUGGCUCUCCCUGUCUCCCUCCCUGCCUCUGCCUCUCUCCUGGCCUAAGCCUGGACUCAGCCACCCCCUGGCGGGACCCCUGGGUCCACUUAGGUCUCUGUGGAGCGCCAAGUUGGUCGCUGGCAUCCUCGCCCCAGCAAGGCAGUGUGGGCAUUGCGACUGCAGCCAGACCGGGGCUGGUUUCUCUCUCUCUCUCUCUCUCUCUCUUUUUGAUCUCAGGGGGUCUUUUUUGGAGUUUAUUGUAUUUUAUUGUACUUGGUGGGGUGUUUAGGGGUGGGGGGAGGAGGAGAGCUUGUUCUCAUGGGAUUUGUCGGUACCUUCAGAAACUUUUACCAAAGUCACGUUUAGCUGCUUGUGGUGGGGCCCCUGACUGCCUGCGGGCACUGGGGGAGCUGGGGCUGGGGGCCCGAGCCGUGGGGGCCUGGGCCGCUUCUCCUUAACAGCCCAGAGGUGGGCUCCAGGGAGCUCCUCCUCCCUAGGGGUUAGCCCUUGGGGCUGGAGACUGGCCACAGCUUGGGGGUGAGUUGAAGACCUCAGGGGGCACAGAGGGAGCCCGAGGGAGGGGCCAUGGCCACAUAGGAUGGCCUUCAGGGAAAGUGGCGUGGGCGUGGUAGAGAGCAGCUUGCAGCAGGGAGGUGUCGGGAGGGGAUCGAUGGCAGGAUCGGGGCCGUGGAGCCGAGAGAGGGCGUCUGGAGGGGAUCGGUUUGAAGGUGCAGGGAGUGGAUGUAGGGGUUUGAGUAUGUGUGACGGUGGCUCAAGUGAAAGGGGAGGCUAGGCUGAGGCAUGGGAAUGCAAGGUGGCUCCCCCAUUGUGCCCUGAGCGUCCUUUGACUCACCCAGAGCUGGCCAGCCCCCAGCCCACCCUGAGGCCUGGGCUGGGAAGGACCAGGCGCCCACCCCAGGGCCCAGGCCCAGGUGUCCCUUGGAGCCCGCUGCAGCAGCGGCCAGAGCAGGAGGGGGUGUGUUUCCUUUUUGUUGGUAAUGCAUGCACAUCAAGUGGACAAGAAAACAAAAUAACAAAAACAAAAAAAGAAGAAAAAAAG